AUGCCACAAGAAGCUUUACCUUAUCGCUGGGAUCGGAGCAAUGACAACGUUUCCUUCCAUAGACGGAUUCCCGUCGACAUGUCCCGACCGAGGUCCUGCGAUUGGGUCAAGCUCGAUGAACUGGGCGAGGUGCUCCUAAUUGCUGGAGAAAAUUACGAAUUAUCAUUAUGGGAUUUAGGACGCAGUCGCUCCCUUUGGAAGUACUCGGUUACCCAAGUCGAUAGCAGUGCUUCGCAGCCAGCGCCUCUUCCCAGCGAGGAAGAGCAAUGGAAGGCUAUCUGCGAGGAUCAAAAGGACCUCCAUCGAAAGCCUGUCAACAGCAUAUCUGCGUUUAAAAGUCACACGCUGGAAGGGACACUGCUAAUGAUGACCAGUUGUGGCGAGGUCGUACAGGCCUGGAAUGCCUCCAAUAUGCAGAUCGUCUGGAGGCUACACCUACCAAUCGGUGGAGAUGUUUGGUUCGUGGAGGGGGAACCAGAAGACAUGUAUUGCAUGAGCCAGGACGGCGCAAGGGCUAUCAUCAUCUUACAGUCAGGUCGUGUCGUCAUCUACAACAUCACGGGGGAUACACCAAAGGAAAUGAACAGGUCCAGCGCUUCAGGGAGGCUGGACGUGUGUGCAAUUAGCCACGCUGCAGGCAGGGCGGCUGCAACCAGCAGUGAAGAUGGUGCGCUGUAUGUUUGGGACAUCGAGACAGGGGAGCUGUGCAACAGCACCAAGUUUGGAGUGCAGGGUGGCGAAGUUUAUCCUGGUAUGAUCGCGUCGUUGUUGGAUGGGAUGCUGGGCACUGGAUGGAUUGGCAGGGUUGGCGGGCUCGGCAUGCUACCGAUGCUGGUGCUGAUGGAGUCGAAGUAUGGUCAAGAGCUGCUGCACGAGAAUAUUUGCGCAUUCUUGCCGUCACCAAGGCUUUUGGCACCCUCGUUCCAACACCUUGCCCAAGCAAACAUAAGGCCCAUGGAACCAUCCGGUCAAUCCCAAACCUGGACAAAGUAUACAGCUCUGCUGCGUAGGCAUUGCGCCCACAUUCCCUACGACCUCUAUACCGUCUUCAUUAACGUCGCUAAUGGCCUCAGUGAUUUUUUAUAUCUGCUUUAA